UCGAUCUUACUACUGACCGCAAAUCCCCCUUCCCCGCAGUCACAUCCACCACUCAAACCCUAGGAGAAUCCGUCCCGCCGAUCCACUCCCAUGGCCGCCCCCGACCCGACCUGGAUGAUGCUCGAUCGUUUCGUCUUCCGCAGGGAUGACGCCGAGUCCUUCCUUGACGAGGACGCCGCCCCCUUCACGAUUGAAGGCGACAUCUCACCGGACGGCAUGUUCUCCAUCUCCUUCCGCAUCGCCAAGCCUCCGGUAACCUCCCGCAUGUACCUCAAAUGGAAGUGCGGCCCUAAGGCAUGCCCUGGGUGCAUUCCCGUGGCAGCGCACCGUGGUGUUCUUCUACUCAGGUUCACCCCUGAGCCGGGGAAGCUCGGCUUUGUGGAGCACUUCUUCAUCUGCAGAAGUCGGUAUGACCCGCUUGACAGCUCGCCCUUUGCACUAGAGCGAAUUCCACUCUGCGCCACGAUAUGGCAUGACGAGGACGGGACAGAGAUACCUAUGCGACGGCUGUUUGGGGAUGACACCGUUGGCGUGUUGUCCCGUGAUGAAGAUUUUGCCAUAGCGCAGCUCGUCCUACGCAGGCCCUUGGUGAAGGCUGAUAAGAUGGAAGCGGAUCUGUGCGUGCUCCGAUCCAAGUCAAAUACCGACUAUACAUGGGAGAUUGAGGAGGGGCUUCCUAUCCUUUACGAAGCGGAUGAAAUCUGUGACUUGGAAGCUUGGGGUACCCAUAGAGUCAUCCCCUUCAACGAAUACUUAUGCUGGGUUAACUAUGGUAUAGGAGGUGUCUUAUUCUGCGAGGUAUUCGAAGAAAGGCCCAAGAUUUCUUACCUGAGGCUGCCCAUACAUAACCGCCGCCUAAGGCAACGCCCUGUACUUGACAGAAAGUGCAGUGUGUGCUUGACGAAAGGCUACUUUGGCGCCCAUGAGCUAACGUUUGUUGAUGUUGAUCGCGAGGAUGGUUACCUUGUCGGCCCACUGAGCCCUGAAACUGGUUUUACUAUUGCUUACCAUGUUCUAAGGAAAACAGGCUAUAGUGGCAUGAAGUGGGAUCUGGUCUUUUUCCUCACAUCUGCUGAAUUGUGGGAUCUCAAUAAAUCUCUGCCACGCGAAGUUCUGACGUUUCCACAUGUAAGCAUGGAUGAGCCUAAUGUGGUACACUUUCUAUUGUCUCAGCCAGUGUCACAUCAACUUGUCAAGGUUUCAGUGGUUUCCAUCGACAUGAUUAGACGCAAAGUGCUCGCAGUAGUUCCAUAUAUUGAAGAGAAUGAUAUCCAAGGCAAAGACCCCCAGAUGGUCUCGCAAGCGUCCAGUUAUCUCCAGUCAUUCCUUCCCUCCGAACUUCCGAAGUUCGUUGAUCCCGCCUGGGACAUAUAUUUAUUUGUAAUUCCCUCUUGAUGAUAACAGAAAGCACUUGCUGUUCUAUGAAGAUAGCAUCAACUCAGUACCAUCUAAGAGGUAAGAAAUGGAGAAUAUGAUCAAUGAGAGGAUGAAAUGGGGGGCCUGGAGCCAAACACAUUGCAUGAUAUUUCCCGCAUGAUAUUUCCCACUGGUAUUUCGGCACAAUAUAUGUUCCACGCCUGCUAGUUUUGUACCUUUGUGUUAUAUGGAGCUGUCAGCUUAGUAAUUUGAUGUUGCUUGAGCUGUGAAGAUUAUGUUCAGUCCAUGGGAUUUGUAGUGCGGUACUUAUGAUGUGUGAAGGGUUUGGUUCAGUAGGGCGUGUAGUUCACAUGGUGGGAACCUCUUGGAACGAUUAGCUUCCUCCUAGGUCCAUGUCAGAAAUGGAUCCUGUAUUGGCUCACUUACAUGUGAAUUAUGGGAUUGGAGGGGGUAUACAAAUGGCCUUUUUGUGUGCCAAAUGCUGGUUGCAUGAGGCACAGUUUGAUCUGGGAAUGAAAUGAUCGUCACCAUGUGGUUCGAUGAGUGGCGUGAGGGUGGAUUAAGCUUGCCAUUUCUGUUUUCUGUGCUCUUUGCAUAUAAUUUUAGCUCAACUGCAUGACACCAGAGCUCAAAGGCUGUAACUUUGUUAUUGGUUUUUAAUUUACUUAUUCGUUCUAUGGAGUACUGGUGGAUGUACUAUCGUUGGCAGGGAAUGUAGAUGUGUCUGUCGUCUAAUUGGAGACCAUGAUAAAUGAAGAGGCACAAAAAUGUGGAAAUUGACUGCUAUGCUUGCCUAACAUCAGUUACAUCUUGGAGAGUCUAGCACCUUGUGGGAGCAUUCAUGUAAUCAUGUUUACACUUUUUUUUGUCAAAAGGCACAACAUUCUUAUUUUGGAUUUUGAUUCGUCACAGGCUGUAUAUGGUUUAUGGUUUAUAGGGACACAAUGUUGAUGGGUUAGUGCAGGGUGAUUUUGGAAGUUUUGAAUUAGUGGUUGCAAUAGUUAUUGUGUUAUUGCUUAUUAGGGCAACUCCAACACGAAUCAGACUGGAUUAUAAGUUGAUUUAUAUUUUAAGUAGUUUUUUAUUUUGUCAAUUCACUGAUUCACUUGCUACCAUUGUCUUGCUUACGGAGUCAAUUGAAUCUGAAUGAACAAGUUCUAAAUUACUCGAAAGCUUUGUUGCACAGCACGACUAAUAGUUAAACGUGGUCACAAUAAUAUUUACUUGUAUAUCUGUCAUUCCGUUAUCUAGUAAUACUGAAAUAGUGUUAGUGGGGCUGUGGAGUAGCAGGAUUUUUUUUUUGUAUUUGUUUUUUUGCACUUUAGUAUUGCAGUAAGAAUACUUAUUUUCAGUAUUUAGUUAAUUCACUUUAUUUCAGUGCUAAUAUAUCAGCACUUUGCUUUUUUUUUUU